AUGCAUUCGCUUCUGACAUUCACUGUAUCUGUCCUCGCGUUAGGCGGCGUAGUUCUUGCGGAUGACUGCAAGUGUACUCCAUCGGAACCAUGUUGGCCUUCGCCGUCGAACUGGGAAUCUUUCAACAACUCCAUCGCUGGCAGGCUCAUCCGCACCGUCCCCCCUGCUUCUGUGUGCUACCCUUCCGAGACGAACUACGACAACCAGGCCUGCGAAGCUGUCAUUGCCAACUGGACUACUUGGACCUUCCAUUCGGCAGACGCUGCGUCUGUCCCUAACCCCUCUUCCUUGAAUGCCUGCGACCCGAUCUAUCCCAACGGAACCAGCAUCACCGGCGAUCCUGAAGCUGGCACGAAGGGCUGCUCGCUUGGGGCUCUCCCGCCUUACGUUGUUAACGCAACAGACUCCAACGACAUUCAACAAGCUCUGGUUUUCGCCAAUCAGCAUAACUUGAGGCUGAGCAUUAAGAACACUGGACACAGCGGCGCUGGGAGAAUCUGGACCCAUCACUUGAAGCAAGCUAUUUUCCACGACAAGUUUCAGCCUCAGUUGUGCUCUUCCAAUUCAACGUGGAAGGGUAGCCAGAUGGCCAUCACGGUUGGGGCUGGCAUUCAAGAUGGUGAGCUUUACGAUUUCGCAAAGAAGAACAGCGUCGUUGCGGUUGGUGGCACGAACAUGGACGUCGGCGUUGUCGGAUGGGCCACUGGCGGCGGGCACGGUCAUCUGACGGGAGAGUACGGCAUGGGUGCGGACAACAUCAUUGAGGCCACAUUAGUCACAACAUCCGGCACUGUUGUGGUCGCCAAUGCUUGCCAGAACCAAGACCUAUUCUGGGCUAUUCGUGGGGGCGGGGGCGGCACCUUUGGUGUCAUCGUGAAUAUGACCGUCAAGGCGUACCCCGAGCCCAAGAUGAUACUGCAAGGGUUCAACAUUGCUCUCAAAAAUGGUACUUCAUCCAAGGACUGGUGGAGGUUUGUGGCUGAGCUUCACAGUCUUCUUCCUGCGCUUCAGGACCAGGGAAUCAAAGGCUACUACACUAUGGGAGGCCCUCCUUCAAGCCAGACAAUCUCGCUUGCUGGCUCUCUGGUUGCCUGGAAUAUGCAGAACAGCACCGUAUCCAAGGCAAUGACCCCUCUUCAACAACUAAUCUCCCAGUACAGUGACACUGUCACGGGUUCUGUCCAGGUUGUUCCCAUUCCGUCUUUCUACGACCUGCUCACGGCGUUUCAAAUCCCUGAGCAUGCUGGAGGAUCGGGGAUCAGCGCCGCAAGACUCAUCAGCCGUCAAACCGUGACUCAAAACCAAGGUUUGCUUGCUAAAGUUCUAGAGGAAAUUGGUCCCAAGGCAGUGGCACCAUUGGAUGGCACCCCAAAUCCUUCGAUCUCCGGAACCAUGACAAUAUCUCACGAACCUGUGGACAAUGCUUUGAACCCCGCUUGGCGUGAUUCCGUCGCUCACCUCAUCGUUUCUCAGUCCUGGGCGGACUCGCUUCCAAAAGCCAAUGUCUCUCAGAUUGUCAAUGACAUGACAUAUAACAAGCUGAAUGUGCUUCGGGGGAUGGAUCCUACAACCGGGACUUACUUGAACGAGGCAAAUGUCUUUGAGCCCGGAUGGCAAUGGUCCUUCUUUGGUCCCAACUACGGUCGGCUCCGUAGCAUCAAGGACAAGUAUGAUCCGGAUGGCUUACUUUGGUGCCCUCAGUGCGUCGGCAGCGAGGACUGGAUUCAGGGGAAGGACGGCAAGCUUUGCAAGGCUUAUGAACCAUUCUUGUAA